AACAUUCAUGGCAUAGCAUUGUCUUACCUGACGCAGUCUAUCUAGAAUUUUAGUCAACCUUUUAAACCUCUCGUAUUUUCAACAAUUUGAACAUCCGAAAUGCAUCAAUCAAUUUUGGUUCUCAUCCUUACGGCAUUGUUCAGUUCAGCCUUUGCUGUACGCUGCUUUCAAUGCUCCUCGCAGACAGACCCGAAGGGGGCGGAUAACUGCGGUGCCUAUAAGAAGUUUAACCGGACACAAAACAUUCCAAUCGAGUGCAACAGCGACGAAUCGCACAUGCCAGGAUCGUUCUGCAUGAAGGUGGUCCAGCAGGGUGCCCGAGGAUUUAUUUGGGACGGCCGGUGGCGUCAGGUUAUUCGAAGAUGCGCAUCCGUUUCCGAGACCGGCGUAACAGGUGUAUGUAACUGGGGUGUCUACGAGAAUGGCGUUUACUGGGAGGAAUGCUACUGCGCAGAAGAUGGUUGUAAUCAUGCCGGCAAAUCGGUGGUCUUAUCAACGGCAGCUAUGGUGUGUUUACUAGCGAUUAAUUUCCUCGGUCGGCGUAUUUUGUCCUAGAUCACGGAUGAUCAGUCCUUUGGAUUGUAUUUAUAGUAAUAACUCGAAACAUUCCCUAGUUUUAAGAGUAGAAAUUGUGCUGAAGCGUUGACGAUGGUUCAUUUCUUCGAUUAAUCUCAAGUGCCUGAUCUUAUGUAAAUCUGAUUCCGUCCAGUGCAUUUGAAUAGGUAGUGCUGAAAACGUAAUAUUUGUAAGAUAAGUUUAAUAUUUUAUGUAAUAAAGACUCCAUUCAAAUAGUGAAA